AUGAUAAAAAUACAGGGCAGCAGAGUGUCCUGCUUCUCCUUCCCUUGCUACAGCCAGAGCUGUGGGGAUGGUGGAGAUGGUGAAGAGGAGCAUCUGUCGUCUCGCAUGCAAGCAACGAGGUUGACAGUCCAUACAAAGUCCUGUGUUGGCACCCUUGUGACAUGCUUAACAUUUAUUUUCUGCAGCUUUUUGUUUGGGCAUCUGCCAAUCUUGUGGAGAAUGCUGAGGAAACGGGAGUUUAUGCAUGAUCUUUUCCUGCAGUGGGCAGAGAAAUAUGGACCUAUUGUACGGCUUAAUGCCUUUCACAGAGUUUCAGUAAUGAUCCUGAGUCCUGAAGGAGUGAAGGAGUUCUUGAUGUCACCACAGUAUCCAAAGGAUCGACUGGUGUACGGUCGUAUCUUCAACUUAUUUGGUGAGAGGUUUCUAGGAAAUGGCUUGGUAACUGUUUACAACCAUGAGCAUUGGCACAAGCAGCGGAAGAUAAUGGAUCCAGCUUUCAGCCGAACCUACCUGAUUGGUCUGAUGGAAACUUUUAAUGAAAAAGCAGAGGAGCUGAUGGAGAAGCUAGAGGAAAAGGCAGAUGGAAAAAAAGAGUUUAGCAUGCUGCUGAUGAUGAACCGGGUGACUAUGGAUAUCAUUGCAAAGAUAGCUUUUGGCUUGGAGUUAAAUGCACUGAGCGAUGACCGGACGCCUUUCCCACAUGCCGUGAGUGUGGUUUUGGAGGGAAUGACCAAGGCACGGAUUCCCCUCUUUCAGUACAUGCCAGGGAAACAGAAGCUGGUAAAGGAGGUCAGGGAGAGUCUGAGGCUGCUGCGGCGUGUGGCAAAGGAGUGCAUUGACCGGAGGAGAGAGGCCAUCCAGAAUGGGAAGGAAGCCACGCUGGAUAUUCUUACACAGAUACUGAAAGGAGAUGCUCUGGAGGAAACUAGAGAUGAUGAAAACAUUCUGGAUAACUUUAUCACUUUCUUUGUUGCAGGACAUGAAACCACUGCCAAUCAGUUGUCAUUUACAGUAAUGGCACUGGCUCAGCAUCCUGAAAUACUGGAAAGGCUUCAGGCCGAAGUGGAUGAUGUUCUUGGUGCCAAGAGAGACAUUGGCUAUGAGGAUCUUGGCAAACUCACCUACUUAUCACAGGUUUUGAAGGAAUCACUGCGACUGUACCCACCCGUCCCAGGGACGGUGCGCUGGAUGGAGAAGGAGCAUGUCAUCAAUGGCAUCAGAAUUCCUGCAAACACAACGCUCGUUUUCAGCACUUAUAUAAUGGGAAGGAUGGAAAGAUAUUUCAAGGAUCCACUCACUUUCAAUCCAGACCGAUUUAGCAGAGAUGCACCUAAGCCAUAUUACUGCUAUUUUCCAUUCUCUCUGGGACCCCGGUCCUGCAUCGGGCAGGUGUUUGCACAGAUGGAGGCAAAAGUGGUGAUGGCAAAACUGCUGCAGAGGUUUGAAUUUCAGCUGGUACCAGGGCAGAGUUUUAAACUCAUGGAAGCUGGAACCAUUAGGCCACUAGAUGGAGUAAUGUGUAAAUUAAAGCCAAGGAGAUCUGCAAGAGGCUGCCAGGCAUGACUGUUUGAGAAAGGAGCAUGACAUGUUAGUGGUAGCAUUUCUUCUGAUUUUGAAGAUCUUCACAGUAAUCAAAGGUUAGAUUUUGAAGACCCCUUUAGAGUAUUACUAGACUGGAAUUUUUCCUAGCCUUCCUCAUAAUUUACAAAAAAAAAAACCCUUAGAGUCACUCUAGAUAUGUUUGAGCAUCUUUGAUCUGGAAGCAUACCUGGAAUUGCAAAGCCUGUUAUUUUCCUGGGAGACUAUUUGGUUCUGUCCAGAUUUAGAAAAGAACAUAUUUUUGCUGGAGUAUCCUUGGAGCUCCACACAAACCUACACUCAAAUUCCAGCUGAUUGUUUCCCCUAACUUGACUUAUAACACAACAUGGUCUAAGUAAGCCCUUGUUUGGGGAAUUUCAUAGUAGAGCUUAAGUUUUGGGCUGAACUUGGGAAGAGGAGUUCAGAGUUAUUCUCUUUUUCAAAGCAAUUUCCCCACCCUUCCUCUAAAUGAGAAGAACAAUUCAUGGGAACAUUCUGAAACAAAAAUUGGAGGCUGUGGCUACUAUUUUCCCCUGUUGCUUCUGCCUCAUUUUAAUUCGGUCUUUCCUACUUCCAGUAUUUUGCAGAAGGUAGAUGUAGAAAUGGGCUCUCCUGCUUCCUCCCACACCUCCCCACAGCCUGUGCUCAUUCUUCUGAGACACUGUUCCUUGGUGGGACUCUUGCUGGGUUCAUUUUAACCUGGUUCAUUUUCCCCAUCUGGCUCACGACUAAGGUACAUGAACACUUGGACCAAAUGGUCUAGUUAGGUACAGGAGGGCUGGAAAUGCCUGGAACCGAAUGCUGCUUAAAAUGAUACUGCGCUGAAGAAAUGCCUGUGCAACUUGAGCCAGAGGCAGGAGAAGGUCCUGCACCCCCUUUUUCUGAAGCUGUGCCAAAAUUGCUUGCAGCAUGGAGGUUUUCAGCCUGGCUCUGCUAGAGAAAAAAUGAUCAUGUGAAAAUGCCACCUUUUAGAAAUAGGUGGAUACUUAAUAGGAUUUUGGGCCCUGAAAUACAGGGAAUUCAAAACAUCUGGUGCUGCCACUGUUCAUUCUUACCUUUUUGAAUUAAAGGGACAAGAACCUGGUCCGUACACUGUCAAGUUCCCAUAGUGGGAACUCCCAUACCAGGAGAGUAACAUUCCAGAGCUUUCCCUCAUUCUGCUACUGUUGUGCACCAUCUCAUUCAGUGCAGCAGUGGGAUAACAGGCCAGUAGGGUUGAUGUGGCUUUUGACAACAUAAGCCAUGUUAUCCAGUGUACUGAUGUGACUUAUACCCAGAGAUACCAAUGCUUGUAUUGCUAGGGAAGGUUUAGUCCAUCUAUUGGUAGACCAGCUCUUCAAUCUUUUAUGCUGGAGAUCUGCUUAUAUCCUCCUAGACUUUAAUAAAGUCUGAUUGGGAAAACUGAGGCCUGUCCAACUAGUUGUGUGUUCCUGGGAGCUGAUGUCAGGAUCAGGAUACUUGAUGCCAGCUGGGCUAGAUGUACUGGUCGUGUAAUGGAAGGCUGAAGCCUGAAAAUAUGUUAAAGGCAGGGAAGUAUCUCAGCAGUGCAGGGAGCAGUGGGGGAACCUGUGAACAGCACGGAGAGCUCCACAGACAUGUUGGCAAACUGCUGUGGGGUUACGAGACACCACCACGCCAGCUCUCUGCUCUGCCCUAGUAAUGAAUGACUUGAGAUGCAGUAGUUGCACAAACAUGUAUUCCCUUCUGCUCUCUCUGAAAUGGGGAUGGGUACCUCCAAGGAGGGCUCAAGGGGGAUGGUAGCAUGUUAAAACCCUGCAGUGAGUUUUGUCAUACCUCAUCUGCCUGAGAUCAGCGCUUCCUUCCAUCAGAGGUUGCUCUUCCUGCUCUCUGCAAGCCCAAAUGCCAUCCAGCUUUCCAGACACUGCUGAUGCAGGCCUUUUUCCUGUUCCUACCUACACCCAAGAGCUCUUGCCAGACUGUCGCCUGUCAGUGCUAGUCGCUUUCCAGCAGAUGGCAAGCUCUCCUUGUCAAUGCACCCAACAGCAGCAGUGUUCCUCAGCCUUGUCAUCUCCUUCUCUUCGGAGACAAGCUGUCCUGGCUCCUCCAGGCAUCUUACUGUAGGAGUAGGUGAUUUUCAUAUGAUGAUGCGCAGACACCCUGCAGUGUUCUCGCAGUUUCAUCUGCACCCCCAGCCAGAAGGUGAUCCCUUGUCCACCAAAAGCAAAAUGAGCACGUUCAGAAAACUUACUCCUUAGGGCCCUGUAUGCCAACCAGGUGCUGGCACAUGCUCUGCCAAACCCCGUGGAGAAACUUCAGGCCAGAAGUGCCUAGGGAGAUGCAGCUGUGCCUGCCAUGGUCCAUGAAGGGACCUGGGGCCUCUGGCUUUCUUGGGCACCACAGAAAAGGACAGUUUCUCCUUAUUCUUGGGAAGAGAAACAUAUUACUUCACUUCUGGGGCAAGCCAUCAUUACCUGCAUCAAGCACUAUGGUAGGGAUCAUGGCUGGUAAGGCAAAAAAGCAGAGCAAGGUCUGUUUCCCCAGUGCUCUUUCCAGCUGCUUGUAGAAAAGUAUACCUGCAGUUAAUUUUCCUCUCAUCCUUUUCCUGGCUCUUGUGCAAAGCAAAGCAAAAUCUAGAAGUGGCUGGUGGGAUGAUUUUUCCCUGGGUGCCACCCAGGCAGGGCCCAGCGCAGCCCUGUGUGGCAUGCCUGGAGGCUGGAUGCAAAAGGGUUUCUCGGUUUACAUGGAACUGUAAAGCCAGGCUGGUCAGGGCAGCUCCUGUGCCAGCACCCUGCAGGUAAGAGCCUGCCCUCCAGCAGCUCCUCUUGCUUUCACCCUGCUCCAGAUGUGCACACUUGCAGACAGGAACUGUUUGGAGGCAGCCAGAAGCUCAGCUGGCAGGAGUCACAGCAGCUAGUCCCAAAGGUGAGCACACUGGUGUGGCUCAGGGAUGUCUGUUCAAACUGAUGGCUGCUGCAAGUUUCUUUGAUCACCAUUCCAGACCUACAAACUCUUUGCCUCCCUCUUCUGGAUUGAUGCCCAGGGCUUUCAUGUAUGUGCUCAGAGUCAGGACUUCCCACCCCUCCCUGGAUUUCUCCCUGGGUUUUUUAUGCUAACCCAAGAGCUUGAUUUUACCCCUUUUAUAUCAGUGUCACAGACAAGAAACAGGGAAAACGCUGCUGCCUAGACCUCUUGGGAUAGGAGAGAACCAGUUAGAGGAAGGAGUCUCUGUCUAGAGGAAGGCAAACUCCUUCACUGCUGGCAUGGGAGAAGGGGAUGCUUUCUCACUCCAGCUAGUCUGGAGCACAGGAGACUCCCAGUUUUGCAUCUACACUUCAUACACAGACUCACCUGCAUUUCCAGGGAGGAGCCCAGGUGGCAGUGCCAGUAGGGAAGUGGGAAAAAUAAUCACAAUUUUGCAUGAGGGGAAUCUCCUCCUAGCCCUUGUAGGAAGCCAGGAGAAGCUCAGAAGCACAGGAUUCAAUCACAGUCAUUGCCAUUACAGCACACCCUGAUAUCUUUUAGACAGCCUUCUGCUCAAUCUGUAGCCUCUUGGGGAGCGAACAUGUAUAAGAAAAUGUAAUGUGCUGUCCUGUAUUGCUGGAGCCAGGUAUGCAGAGCAGGAAUUGGGAUAUUUUUUUCCCCUUUCAGGCUCAUCUGUCCAGUCAUGGCCAGCUCCUAGCUGCUUUCUUCACUGCAGCAGCUUUAGAGUGCUGUUCUAGGGGUGUGCAGCACAUCUAAUCACCACAACUUCAGAAAAUCAGGUGCUUCUAGCACUGGUGGGCCUAGUGCAAGCACUCAGGUUAACCAUAGAUACAUUUGUACACCAUCUGGUUAUACAAUGAGAGCUGCAACAGGAGGCCUUUCCUGGGUUUAACAUCCGCUAUUGAGACAAGCCAAUGACAAAACAGGUGUCCACAAAAUAUACCCAACCCAGCCCCUCCACACAGCGCUCAUGUGCUAGCAAAGGCAAUAAAGUCAGGCUGAAAAUUCCUUCUGCUGCGUUACAAGAGUGGGAUGGGGUGGGGUGGAAGGUACUGGGUCUGGCAGGGCUGUUGUGCCUCCUCUCAAUUUUGCCCCAAAUUACAACAUCUUGUGUUCUGGAUUUAGGGACAAAAGAAUCACUUUUAGAGGAGGAAUAACAUUUCCUCACAGAGGCAGUGUGUAUGUUCUUCACACCUUCAGUGAUAUCAGGGACAAGAGAGGCACCAGUAGGGUAGGGGAACUGCCCAUACUGGGACACCACAAUCCUGCCAGCAUCUCAGUAGGAUCAUUUUAAAAUUUCUUCAUCUUCCUGCCCAUGCCAACGCUUUGGUCUGCUCUGCGGGACACUUGAUGACAUUAUUUGUAAUUAAUCACUGCCUGUCUGUUUUGUGGUAAGGUUUGGAGGCUGCACCUAGGUGACACUGAAGCCGAAGGAGGGCUCUGUACAUUGUUUUACUCCCCGUGAGCUCAGUUUCUCAGUGUACACUCACAGCCCCUUGGCUGUAGGUACUGCAAGUCAGGGAGGCUCAGAAAAUGCAAAAUAAAAUGACAUAAGGAGGUCAAAGCUAGCAAAUUCAGAAAACUUCCUACAAUGCCUUCCCGUCUCAAUUAUUAAGACCUCCAUGUGAAAUGUUUGGUGGCAAGCCCUGCCAUGCCCACCAUGCCCAUGUGUGCUCUUGCCAUGGUUCCAUGUAACGUAGCAAGUAUUUUUUGUUCAUCUCUGAGUCGCUAGUGAUGGGUAUUUAACAAAAUGGAAGUACUGGCUCAGGUUAUUUCCCAUUCAAGCCCUGAAUUUCCUGGCCUUGUCCUGCUCUGCUGUCUCAGCAGGCUCUGGGGUGGACAUGGUGAAAGCCAUCUGCCUUCCAGUGCAGAGAGCAGCUAAACACCUCCCUGACAAGAGUUUGCACUCUCUACAUUUGGCAUUUCUUUGCUCCCUCCCAGGGCCUACAACACCCACGGGCUUUGCUCUGAACUUCAUCAAUGAUUUUGUACUCUCAGAACAAACCAUCUUUGGAUCCUCCUUCUGGUUCAGCCAGCACAGGCCCCCAGUGCUCCUGGGAGUAAGAUAGUGCUCAGGAACAAGACCUCCCCCUCUUCUCAAGGGCUGGUACUGUUUUCCCUUCUCUCUUCAAAACGCUUAGGUGACAGCUAUAUUAACAAAGGAAAUACACCCCUGACCUUUCCCUGGUACUGGGGUGUGCUGGCACAGAACGCUGUAUCCAUUGAGCUCUCUUACCCUUCAAAAUAUGGUGGUCACAUGCAACCUAUGUAUCAGGAAUGGUGUCUGGCACAUCUUGACUCCCAGAUCAUACCAGGAAUUGUCAGGAGAGUGCUAGUGGCCAGGGGCCAUGAGGAAGAUCACACGCCAGUGCCUAGGAACAUACUUGGCACUUCAGCUCUUCCAGCCUGUACUAGUCUGAAGACCAUCAGUCCCUAGAUACAGUCUGUACUGGUAGGCUAACAGGCUGUUUUGUUUUAAUACUGAACUUCUGCCUCUCAUCCUUCCUCUUUAGCUCCAUGCCCUCCCUUCUCUCAGCAAUGCUGUUUUCCACACAUCUCCUUUGCUGUGGAAACAUCGCCACACUGAUGUUACACUCUAGCUGUCCUCCUCUUUGAUCCAUUUAUAGGACUUCUUAUCUGAAGUGCCCCCACACUGCUGUCCAGCUGAGGGUCUUGGACUCUACCCCAUGCCAGUGUCCUCAGUAGACUAGUUCAGGAGAAGUUGUUCCUCCAGUACAGACCCAUUGUAAAAAUAUUAAAGAACUGCUUCCUUCUUUUCAAAUGGACUUAAAAUUAAGCCUCACUCUCGCCCCAUUUUCUCAGAUCACUGGAAGCUACAAGCAGGCACUGGAUCAUCUCCAGUGCCUGAGGCAUCAGCAGCAUCCAGUAAGAGAUUAUGCUGGAUCCACCCCGAGGAUCCUAGCAGGGGGUACUGGUGCCAAGCACCAGGGAAGACUCCAGCUCCGUGGGGUCUUUUCAGCUCUUCUGGUAAGGGCUGAUCUUUGUCUUGAUCAUCCUCAUCUUCCGUCUCUUCCCUUGUUACUGUCCCUCCCUUCUCUCAUUUGUGCAAACCCUCCAAGGAAUUAAAGGAUGCUGAAAUGACCAUGUACUCCUCUGCUACAUCCUUGCUGCAGCACUUUGCUGUGUUUCCCAUUCAAGGUGUCAGCUCUGUCAGGCGAAGCCACCUUUUGUGCUGUUGUCGGCAAGAAGCCUUGCACAGCAGAGCCAUGAUCUUGGCAGGAAUCCUUAAGUGCUACAAUAAAGCAAAUAAAUAAUCAAUCAUUAUUAUUUUUAUGUAUCUGUGAGCCUUCUCUAAUAGGUCUUGAUAUUAUUAUGGUGCUGAGAACAGGCUGAAAUUAGAUAAUACUAUACUCAGCUGGCAUCUAUUCCCUUGGAAACACAGGUAAAAAUGCAUUUAAUAGCUUUCCAGUGACAAUGAAUAUUCAUUAAUAUGACACAGAUGUAUACUUGGUUUGAAAAUAAGGACAGUAAUUAAAGAGCUAUUAAGGUUAAAAAUCAACAAAGGAAAUUCAACUACUGAAAAAACUGUUCUGGGAUCAGCCUCCAACCUAUACGUGAGUGGAUAAGCACAGACGGCCUGAGAUUUUCUACUUCUGCGUAUCAGCAGACCAUGGAUUCUGCCUUCCCUCUCCAAACUCUGUUGUCUGGAAUUGUCCUGAUGAAUUCAGAGUUCAUUUUUCCUGUUGUCUUACAGAGCAACUGUGCUCUGCUGCGGUGCUGCGGCUUGUACCCUGUCUCACAGGCUGCUCCAGUGGCUUACGUUCUUUAUUUCUAUUAAGAUAGUCUUGGGGAUCAGUGGUAGUCAUGAUAGCUGCUCUGCUGUAAUCUGUGAAAAUCUACAUCCCGCAAGCCAUGAUAUUAAAGUUGAGUUUC